CAUUGUUCAGAUUGUUGUUUUUAUUUUUCAGCAAAUCAGAGCAAAUUUGUUGACGUUUCUUUCGUUGUGGAAUCUGUUAUUUUUCGGAGCACAAAUUUAGUUAUCGACAAUGUCGUCGUGGAUUUCGAUUGACGAUCGCAUGAGACAUGGUUUGAAAACUCUAGAUCAAAUAGAAAACAGCAAACUCCGCCUCCUUAUCAACAGAAUAUGUCAAAGUAUGCAGGCAGGGAUUAGCGAUGAUAUAUUUAGUGCAGAAGAAGAAGAAAAGCUUAUGAGUUCACUCGGCUUAGAGAAGACUGAUCUUACCGUUUUACUCCAAACAAUAACAUUCAUCUACAGCAAAGCAGCUUUUCAUAUCGUCAAACCUGUAAUUGUAGAGUCAACAAUGAAGGAGAGCUUUUCUAUUGGAGAUGAUAAAGUUGCUAUUCUCUCUCAUGCUUGGAUUACUCAUGCACAGGGCAUUGUUGAUGCAUUCAAACACAAGUCAAUAUUUCCAAGUCAGGUUUCAGAUGUCAAUUGGACUGUUGAUGUAAAAGCAGCAUCAUCUAUCAAUGCCAAGACUGCGAAACCAGUCGCCAAAUUACAACUAAGCUUGAGUGGCUCUGGUGAGAAUGACAGGGUGACUGUUGAAAUGGAUAAAAAUCAAUUGUGGGACUUGUAUAACCAAUUGGAUGACAUUCAGUCACAGCUUGAAUUCAUAAGUAAAGAAAAGUGACAUAGCCUACGACUUAUUGAUGUUCUCGUGAGUCUUGGGUGCUUCUCUUUUGCCAACCUUGUCGUACAAAUGAGGACUUCUAUUUGGCAAUACACUGCUGAUAUUCACAGGCGACGCGAGGA